AUGUCACCCAUAGCCCGCAGCGCCAUCCUCUCCGCGCUCGCACGCACCCGCGUCCCCCGCGCAAGCGCCACGCAGUUCCGCUCCGUAGGCUCGUCGGCCAUCCCCCGAGCCGUAGGCGGACAGGCAGCCUGGGGUGCGCACUGGAAGAAGUCGGGCAGCGUGGCGAUGAUGUAUUUCCCCGUCGUUGCUGUCGUUAUGUUCUGGCCUUAUGCGGUGCCGCCGGUUAUGGAUUACGUUGAGGCGAGGCUCUGA